CCGUCCAUCAGCUCUUCUGUCCUUCUCACACUUUUGUCGGGAGCUGUAAAAGCAAGUCGCGCCGAGAUCGGCGACGCCAAAGGGGAGAAGCAGCGGGCCUGGAGAGGCGCCGUCUUGACCCAGAGUGAGACAGAGGAACAGGCGUGCGCUCUGAAGGAACUUUUUUUUCCUGAUAAAAGGGUUGAAGAUUAAGAAUACAUUGAAAUAUGUUGGAUGCGGGAUCAGGGAUCGUAGAAGAAUGGUUAUCAGAAUUCAAGACUGUACCAGAAACAUCUAUAGCAAGUUAUGCUAAAAAUUUGAAAAACAAGGUUUGCUUGGUUUCAUCUAUAUAUAAAGUUAUUCAAGAUCUACAAAAUGAGUUGCUGGAACCAGUCUGUCACCAGUUAUUUGAAUUUUAUCGCAGUGGUGAGGAACUUCUUCUGCAGUUCACACUUCAAUUUCUUCCACAAUUGAUAUGGUGCUAUCUUGCUGUUUCUGCUAGUAAAGACCUACAAAGCAGUGGCUGUAUAGAAGCACUUUUACUAGGAGUUUACAAUUUGGAAAUAGUUGACAAACAGGGGAAUAGUAGGAUCCUAAGCUUUACAAUUCCAUCUUUAUCUAAACCUUCAGUAUAUCAUGAACCUUCCAGUAUUGGUUCAAUGGCUCUUACUGAGGGUGCUUUAUCUCAACACGGCUUAUCCAGGGUUGUAUAUAGUGGACCUCAUAUGCAAAGAGAAAUGUUGACAGCACAAAACAGAUUUGAAGUAUUGACAUUCCUUUUGCUACGGUACAAUGCUGCCUUAAGCUAUAUGCCUGCGGUUUCUCUUCAGUCUUUAUGUCAAAUCUGUUCAAGAAUCUGUGUUUGUGGGUACCCUCGGCAACAAGUAAGAAAAUACAGAGGCAUAAACAGCAGAAUUCCAGUCUCCUCUGAAUUCAUGGUGCAAAUGUUAACAGGGAUUUAUUAUGCUUUUUAUAAUGGAGAAUGGGAUCUGGCUCGUAAAGCAAUGGAUGAUGUUUUAUACAGAGCACAAUUGGAGUUAUAUCCAGAACCACUAUUGGUAGCUAAUGCAAUAAAAGCUUCAUUGCCUCAAGGUGCCAUAAAAUCUAACAAAGAAGGUACUAAAUGUAUUCAGGUUGAAAUUACUCCUACAGCAUCGAGGAUAUCAAGAAAUGCUGUGACUAGCAUGUCUAUUCGGGGCCAUAGAUGGAAAAGGCAUGGUAACGAAUUAGGAAUUCCAGAAGAAGAAUUAAUAGAAGUAUCUGAAGUUGAUGAAGGUUUUUACUCUAGAGCUACUUCUACAAGUCAUUCUAUUUCAUCAAAAAGUAGCAGUAACACCAGUAAUAAAACAAUAAUGGGCAAGAGUCAACGAAGGCCUGGAGGAAACAAAGUUGGAGGAAAAGAAAAAGAUAUGAGUGCUGAAUCUUACAAAGAACAUUUAUCUUACAAACAAAGUCAGAGGGCACUGAGUGAAAAUCUAGAGCUUCUCUCUUUAAAAAGGCUGACCCUAACUAGCAGCCAAUCCUUGCCAAAAUCAGGGAGUCAUAGCUUAGCUAGAACUAGCACUACUCUUUUUAGUAAAUCCUUUGAGCAGGUCUGUGGUGGUAUGAUCCCAAGUAAUCAUAAUGGCACAGAAACAAAUAGGCUUUCAGUGUGCAGUUUGCAAGAAGGGAAUCUGAUAUUUGAAACUGAAAGAAUAGACCUUAUGGUUCCAAACAAACAAUCUAAUCAGCAGCGACUACCUACUAUCAGCAUUACUGUCUCAACAGACCAAUAACGUCCUAACUAAUGUUGCUGUGUAGAAGAGGGGCCAUUCAAUGAUGGUACCAUCUUAGGAUCCCUCAUGCUCUUAUUUUAGUCAACUAAACUGCUUCAAGUUACUUUUAUUUUGCAAUAAAAACCUAAAUUCUUUCAAUGACUAAAUGUUAAAAUGGAAUAGUAUGGAUCAUUUGAGUAAAUAUUUUAUAAUAUUGAUGUUUUAACACGUGGGGAGAUUUAGGAAUUAAUUUGCCCAGCAGAUAAGUUGUAUUGGAGAAUGAUUGUAUGAUAGGCCUAUCAGAUGAAAUCUUUAGUAUCACUGUGCUAUUUCUGGGUGCUAUUUCAGUCAUUAUUAGAUGUGGCCUAGAAUUAGUUUGCCAGUUCCAUACUUAAAAGCAAGAACCUUCUUUCUUAGGCGCCCUGAUAUAGGUCAGUUAAAGUAGCAGCUGAUAUUUGAAAAACAAUAUUCAGAUCUGUGUACACAAUCUGUUAUAAAAAAAAUUAACAUGUCAUUAUCGUGCCAGUACUGAACAAUGUGAGUUCAAGCCACUAUUUCCAAAUCGUAACUAUGAAAAUAACUACAGUAUUUCAGUAUAUGCAAAUCUUUUCUGCCCUUAGUAACAGCAGUGAAUAUUUUACUAUAUACAGCAUGUACUGUAUAUAUAUUAUUAUUUUCUAAUACUAUAAAGAGAAUUUUUUUUCCUUUCCCAUCAUCCCAGACAGUUAAUGCUUUGGUCUAUCUUGAUAUGAUUGAUCCAGCUGCUAAAAGUACUUAAACUUAAACUUUGACUAAAAUUGGUGCAAGUCAUUGUUUGUAUUACUUAAUGUGUACAGGCAGUAGUGAUGUAAAACUGCUUUGGGCUUAGAACAUGGGUGUCAAACCUGCAAUGUCAUGUCGUCUUGUGAUGUAUCGUGAUCCCCCACUUUGCUAAGGGGUGGGUGUGGCCAGCACGCAUCACAUCUGGCCCAAGGGCCAUGAGUUUGGCACCCCUAGCUUAGAAUAUACAGUAGGUCUUGGCAUAGUGCAGAGUUGGAAGAGGAGAACGUUAUUUAUCUUCAUUUGGAACAGGCUACAGUUCUACUUUUAUAGUGGCAGUGAAUUCAAAAUGAUUAGAGUGACUCUUAUUUUUUUGGCAUUAAGAAUCUGUAAACCAACCCAAGAAACAGUAGUACAAUAUUUCCUUCUGAAAUUGAAAAGACAUUAAUCUAAAAUAUUUUAGCAUUUUUAAAUGGAAGAGUAGUGUGGAUUAGAAUUAUUUUUGAUUUUACUCCUCACUUUCAACAAACUGGUUUUAAAAUUGCAUCACAUUUAAAUCGUAUGCUUUAUGUGGGAAAUAGGUCAUGACAAUUAACAGAUAAUACAAUAUUUUGGAAGGAAAAGAUUUAAUUUUAUCUUCUUAAAAUACAACCUGGCAUUUUUAUUUUUGCAUGGCUAUAUUGAUAAUCUUCUCAAAUUUGCACAGUUAUUCCCCUCUGGUUUCAGCUAAUUAGUUAGUUUAUAACAACUUCUGGGGGAUUAAAGAAUGUACAUGAACAUUGGCAUCACAUUCUAGUGCUUCCUACAUGUUCAUGAAUCUUUGAAUCCUUGUGCAAGAGUAACAUUGCUUAUUUUUAUUCCUCCCACCCACUGCUUUUUACAGUGUUGCUUUUCAACCAAAAUACUUUCUAACAAAGAUUUUAUACUUCUGUUUUUAAGCAAGAAGCAGCUUGAUAGACUGUUUUUAUAUUAACUGUACCAUGUACUGGUAAUUCUAUUUGUAUUCAAAUAGAGACUUUUCAAAUUUCCAGAGACCCAAUUUUUUAAUAAAUAGGUUUUUUUUUGCAAUUGUUUGUAUUUGACAUUUUUGAAAACUCUUUCCAUUUUCUGAAAUAUCUGAACAAAAUGGAGAAAAUCUAACUAAUUUUAUGAAAUCUCUGGGAUGUUUAUUAUAACAGUAUUAAUUCAUCCUUACACAAUUUUCUACAUAUUUUAUGGUUUACUAGUCUUGUAUUAAACAUUUAUUUUGAAUAAUUAGUUUCUGUGCAGGAAUAUACAGCCAUUGUAGAUGAAAGAUAUUUGAAUUUAUCUUACAGUUCAUUAUUUAAAAUUCCACAAGAUGGAAAUAAAAUAUUUAUAGUACUAAAGUUUUAGGACUCUAGAAAACAUUACUGUUUGAGUAAAAACAACUUUUUUAUACAUUCAAAUAAUUUAGAAUUUCUCCAACAGAUGAUGGAAUAAAAAAAAAUCUCUGAAAUUAAGUUGCUUGAAUGUCUUUGAACAAGCAUAUGUGCAGCCAUCUAUUAAUACAUAUAUAAAUAUAUUGUGCGUAUGCACAGUUUAUUACAUUUAUGCACAAUCAGAAUUGAAAUAAUGAAAACCCAGAAAAUAUGAAAUUCAUAUGUACAGUAGAUUGAUAUUAAUAAAAUGUUUCUCAUCACUUUGGAAAAGCACAAUGUAUUGAAAUAUUUUAGCAGAAUAUUAAUGAGGUAUUCAUAUUUUGAUUGAGUGCAAUAUAUGAAUAAUUUUUUUGUGAUUGACAUUCUUGCUUUUCAUUAUGUUAAACUGAAAAUGAAGUAGACUUUUCUGUGGUACAGUAACUGUAGAUUUUUUGUAAAGGUCUCUUUCUAUUUAUUGAAUAUAUUAAUUAGUUCUGUGAAUUUUUCAACAAUUUGCCAUUUACAAGGUUGAAUACCACUUAAUAAACUAUUAACAGUAUAAAACAACAAAAUGUACUAUCCACUUUUACAGUAUGCACUUGUGACCAUAUCCUGUUUUAAUAACAAACUGUUUUCUGUAUUUUAAUAAAUGAACUGUUGAAGUUUGUAUUUCCAUGAUAAAGCUAUCACCUUCAACAUUGAUUUACUUAGUUUGUAAAUAUUGUUUUUGGUUACUGAAAUAGUUUACAUUGAUGAUGAGAUGAUGAUGUAAGUUCCUGUCACAUUGGAUUUGAGCAGUAUUGGAAUUGCAAAUUGUGAUAGGCUAACCCACUCAUAAUCCCAAUAAAAAUCAGUCUUCUGUU